AGCAUGAACCCGGUAUUAGGUUUCGUUGGUAUUCAAAUUUGAACUUGAACGUACGGAGAAAAACAUUAUCUACACGUGUACCUCUUUGUUUACACCGAAUGAAAAUACAUUUCUCGAAACCUGUUCAAUUCGCCUUCGAUUGUCAACCACGAAAAAUCCGCGCGAUUUAUCAUCUGGGACCGGUGGAAAAUCGGCGAAUGCGGUUUGGUGUUCGUAUUAAAAAUAAAUUUUAUCGUCGUUCGAAAGAUGAUUUCGCCGAUAAAUCGCUCGUAGUGCGUAAGUAUAAUUAGGUGUAGUAAAUUGCAUAGGCGAGACUAUGGUGGGUUGUAAGUGCUUGAUGCCCAUUAUGGCGAUCCCGAUCGCGUUGGUGUGGUUUUGGGCGGCGAAACUGAUGAAAGAGCCCUCGAUGCCCGCGUACAACGAGAGCUGGUGGGGGCCCGGGGAACCCCGUUACAUCGACGAUAAGAUCAGGCCGUUCGAAAUCAGCGUCUCCGAUGAGAUCCUGAAGGACCUGAAAUACCGCUUGGAGCACACGUUGCCUCUGCAACCGGCCCUAAAGGGCACCAAGCACACCUACGGCAUUAACACCAAUCUGCUGCAAAAGGUCCUCCAUUUCUGGAAAAACGAAUACAAUUGGACAGAAAGGGAAGCUUACCUCAACCAAUUCCCACAGUUUCUGGUAAACAUCCAAGGACUAGACAUCCACUUCAUUCACGUCAAACCUAAAGUACCCAAAAGUAUUAAAGUCCUGCCACUGCUCAUACUCCAUGGCUGGGUCGGAUCUGUUAGGGAAAUGUACGAAAUCAUACCCAAACUUACAACUCCUAAACAAGGCAAGAAUUUCGUUUUCGAAGUAAUAGUACCAUCAUUACCAGGCUUCGCGUUUUCCGAUGGAGCGGCCAAGAAAGGCAUGGGCUCCUUCAACUCGAGCGUCGUCAUGAAGAAUCUGAUGAAAAGACUGGGCUUCGAGAGGUUCUACGUCCAAGGCACCGAUUGGGGGGCUUCCAUCGUACAAGCCAUGUCGGUGAUGUAUCCGGACAAAGUCAUCGCGAUGCAUUCGAACAUGUGCAUCGUGAAUAUGUUCAAAGGCUACGUGACUAACUUAAUCUAUGCGUUCUAUCCCACGUUUCUAUUGGACGAGGAAGAGCUGAAAUCGGCCCAUAUGUACACCCAGAGCAUCGACUUGUCGGUUUGGUUCUAUCGAAUCGAAGAAACUGGGUAUUUCCAUCUGCAAGCCACUAAACCUGAUUCACUCGGUGUAGCGUUAAGAGACAGCCCGAUAGGACUAGCAGCUUAUCUGCUGGAGAAAUUCAUCACCCUAACUAAAGCAUCGUACAGAGGAAUUGACGACGGACGUUUGGAAGAAACCUACGGAAUGACCGCGCUCAUCGAUAAUAUCAUGCUGUAUUGGAUCACCGGUUCCAUAACGACCUCCAUGAGGAUAUACGCCGAGCACUGGAGCUCCGAGUUUCCCGGGAAUUUCGACGUCGACGGCAUAUCUAUACAGGUUCCAGCGGGUUGCGCGAGAUUCGAGCACGACAUCGUGUUCUAUCCGAAGGCCGUGCUGAAGGUGAAAUAUCCGAAUUUAAUCCACGCGAGUUUCUACGAGGCCGGCCAUUUUCCGGCUCUAGAGGUGCCCGACGUUUUGGUCGAUGAUAUUUUCGAAUUUUUCGAUAAGGUGAUGAAAUUGUGAUCGUUUCUUCUGUUGUGAUAUUGUAAAGUGUAUGUUAGAUUUGUACUUAAAUAAACUAGUUUCCU